GCCACCACCAAAGAUGUAAAGCGACAAUUCUACGCCUUAUCCAAACGAUGCCACCCCGACACCCAUGCCUCCCGACCCGACGCCUCCAAAAAAGACGCCGAAUCCCGCUUCCACCGCAUCUCCGAAGCCUACCACAUCCUCGCCCACGACUCCCGCCGCGCCAAAUACGACCGCGACUACCACCGCAUCCACGGCAAUGGCGCGCCUCCCACCACUCCCCACGGCACCCAUUCCUCACACCAGUCCCGCUCCCGCGGCCCCGCCGGCAGCCGCCCCGCCUCCGGCCUCAGCCCGCGACGCGGGGUAUUCAAAGGCCCGCCGCCCAGCUUCUACCGGCAAUACGGGCAAGAGCCGCCGCGGGAGGGUGACCCGGCAGCGGAUGCGGACGCGCGGGGCACGACGGGGCGGUGGGGAGGGUUUUCGCCGGGGCAGGCGGAUCCGGAUUGGCGGCCGGAUCCGUAUAUCCCGCAUUGGGAUCGGACGCGGCAUUUGAGGACGCAGGAGAGGAUUUUGGAGCGUGGGAGGGAGAGGAGG